UCUUUUUACGUCCCAUCAUCGAACCCUCUCUCUCUCUCCCUCUGUAUUUCCCUCUGGAUUUCCCUCAAAAACCCUCACCAAUAAAGAAAAACUCACUACUCUUUCCCGUGAAAGAUCCCACUCGAUCAUAAACAAACCUCAUAAUUAAGCAGCCCUCCCCUCCCCUCAAGUUUUGUAGCUACAAUUCGAAGGAGCAUCAUCAGCACAAGCAUAUAUAUAUGUAUAUAGAGAGUUGGCUCCUAACCGAUUGCGAUUGAUCGAAUCGAUUUCACCAGAUAAGUAAUCAUGGAGUCGGCAUCAGGAGGGGCGGGUCCAUCUGACCCGAACACAGAAGAGGGACCAUCAGUAACCGGGUCCGCACUACUACAAACACAACAGUCCCAAGUACACCAGCCAGAAGCUUCUUCUCCAGCUCCGCUGAGUAGAUACGAGUCACAGAAGCGAAGAGAUUGGAACACCUUCUUGCAGUACCUAAAAAACCACAAGCCGCCAUUGACGCUGGCUCGCUGCAGCGGGGCUCAUGUGAUCGAGUUCUUGAAGUAUCUUGACCAAUUCGGGAAGACUAAGGUCCAUGUAACCGGUUGCCCGUAUUUCGGUCACCCGAACCCGCCUGCUCCGUGCGCCUGCCCGCUCAAGCAAGCGUGGGGCAGCCUUGAUGCUCUAAUCGGACGGCUGAGAGCGGCUUACGAAGAGAACGGUGGACGGCCAGAAUCGAAUCCGUUUGGUGCACGUGCGGUCAGGAUUUAUUUGAGGGAGGUCAAGGAAGGGCAGUCCAAAGCUAGAGGAGUUCCUUAUGAGAAGAAGAAGCGGAAACGGCCGACUGUUACGGCCGCUUCAGUAUCGGUGACACCGAAUCAAGCAGUUAAGGUUGGUGGUGGUAGUGGUGGAGUUGAUGGAGGCGCCGCCGUUGAUGGUGGAAGUGCAACUAUUGCUACUGCUGCUAUUACUACUAGUACCUCCGUAUAGUAUUCUCUGAUCAUCUUAGUUUCUUAUAAUGCUUUUAAGAUCUGUUUUUAUUUUUAGCUGUGAUUAUAAUGAUGAGCUACAUAUGAUCUGCCGAUUCCUUAGAAAUUGAAUCGAAGUCGUUCAACUUGAGUUGAAAAUUAAAUCUAGUAAUUACCUUACGUUCAAUUAAUAAUAUCUUCA